AUGCAAAUUGUUUCGCAUAUCUUUGCAGGAACGGUUUGGUGUGGUGACGGAAAUAUUGCGGAUGGUUACUAUGACGAAGGAGAACUGCGGACAUUGGAUGUUUGUUGUCGGGCACACGAUUUUUGCCCGGAUUAUUUGUACACGGGUAUUUAUUAUCCGUUGUUCAACCUGACUAACGAGUUGCCUUUCACAGUGAACCACUGCGACUGCGAUCAAGCUUUCCAGGAAUGUUUGCAGAGCGUAAACGAUGCCGACAGUCAAGCAGUGGGCGAAAUAUUGUACAACCUCCUCACGCAACCUUGCUUCCGAGAAGAUUACCCCAUCGUUCAAUGCCUUGAAUGGGGAGGAUUCCUUGGCAACGUGUGUUUGCAAUACGAGCUCGACUUCUCAGGAGAACCUUUUUGGCAGAUCUUCAGCAACCCGUUGUACACCCAGAGCAACGACACCAUCCACGGUUAUCGAUGGUUCCAGUCGCUUUUCCCUUGAUGAGGGCAUCGAACUGAUGAAACUGCGAAUCGUAUUUAUUGCAACGACAUCUAGGGAUGGAUUCGUCUAACAUAUUCGGAUUUCUUUUGUCGAUUGUCUUCGCAUUUGGGCUAUCGUAAUGCACGGAUGACGACUUCGUUUCCCCCGUAUA